UUAGCUUACUGGCAUUCCAAAAUGUCUCUCAAACUGUGUUGCACGAUUUUAUUUAUCGCUGGCCUUGCAGCUGGUGAAAUAAAAAAUAAAGGAUGGUGGAAGAAUACAGUUUUUUAUCAAGUUUAUCCCCGUAGUUUUAUGGAUUCAAAUGGCGAUGGGAUUGGUGAUCUAAAAGGUAUUACGAAUAAGCUCGAACACUUUGUCGAGUCUGGCAUUGGCGGAAUAUGGCUUUCGCCAAUAUACGCAAGCCCUAUGGUCGAUUUCGGCUACGACAUUUCCGAUUUCCGUGCUAUUGACAAAGCUUACGGUACUAUGGAAGAUCUGGAACAGCUGACAGCAAAAGCUAGAAAACUAGGAGUUAAAGUCGUACUAGACUUUGUACCAAAUCACACUUCGAAUGAGCAUCCCUGGUUUAUCAAAAGUUAUCAAGGCAUUGGAAAAUACAAGGAUUACUAUACCUGGCGCAGAGGACGUGAUAACAAUAAACAACCGCCGAACAACUGGAUAAGCCUUUUCAGCGGUCCAGCUUGGACUUACAAUGCGACCAGGGACUUAUGGUACUUCCAUCAAUUUGAAUACCGGCAACCUGAGCUUAACUAUAGCAAUCCAAACGUUCGUCAAGAAAUGGAGGACGUUUUGCGAUUUUGGCUAAGUAAAGGUGUUGACGGGUUCCGCGUCGAUGCGGUCCCCCAUCUUUUUGAAAAAGAAGGACUUCCUGAUGAACCUUUGUCGCACAAACCGGGCGUUUCAAACCAAAGCGACAGUUACCUCGAACAUAUUUAUGUUAAAGACGAUCCACGAAGUUAUGAUCUUAUAAAGACUUGGAGAAAAUUAGUCGACGACUGGUCGGAUUUGCACAAUGAAGACGAAAAGGUUAUAAUGACUGAGGCAUACACUAAUUUAGAUAACACCACUAAAUGGUAUCAGUAUGGCUCUGACAUACCCUUCAAUUUCAAUUUGAUAACCGAAGUUGACAACACGUCGAAACCGAUUGAUUUUAAAAAAGUAAUCGACGAUUGGAUGGUUCGCACACCAUCGACUGGGUCCGCUAACUGGGUGAUGGGUAAUCACGACCGCAGCAGAAUCGGAACCAGGUAUCCCGGCAGAGCCGAUCAAAUGACGAUGCUGGCCAUGAUCCUCCCUGGAGUAGCGGUCACGUACUACGGCGAGGAAAUCGGUAUGGUGGACAAAUUGGACAUCACCUGGGAAGCUACGCAGGAUCCGCAAGCUUGCAAUACCGAUCCAGAACGCUAUCGCGCAGUAACGCGUGAUCCAAACAGAACACCUUUCCAGUGGGAUGAUACUAAAAAUGCUGGUUUCAGCAACGCUUCUACAACAUGGCUACCGGUCAACGAUAAUUAUAAAGAAUUGAAUUUGGCGAAACAAAAGCUUCAACAAGAAUCUCAUUACAAACUUUAUCAAACUUUGACGAAAUUAAGAAGCACAUCUCUUGCUUUGAAAAAUGGUACAUUGGACACUGUCGUAUUGAACAAUAAUUCAGUGCUGGCCGUCAUAAGAAAAAUUGCAGAUGAAGCUGUUGUACUCUUAAUUAAUUUCUCCAAUGACAGUCCGCAAAGUGUUGAUGUUUCGGAGUAUUUACCAAACGCCAAAGAUGCUACAGUCAAAGGAGCAAGCGUAGGAUCUGGCAUCGAGUGGGGAUCAAUAAUAAAGACUUCGGAUGUUCGAUUGCCUCCAAAAGCAUCGAUAGUUUUAGUACGUUGAUUUAAACUAUCCAACGGUCUUAUAAAAGCUGCUGGAGAAAUAUUUGUGUUCUUGCUGUUAUUCUUUACAUUCUCACAUAGAGCAAGAAUUAACAAUUAACUAAUCAAUUUUAUUUAACUUCAAGAAGCUUUUACUAUACGAAACAAAACUGUGCAAAAGCAUUUUAAAACCAAGGGGCUCUUUCAUAAUUGUUACAGUAUAAUAUAAUGUCGUUUGCAUGGAUUAUGUUUGUUCAUAAAUAAAGUGUUUAAAUAAAAGGAGUAGUUGAAAACUAAA